AUGGCGCGGGAGCUGAGCCAGGAGGCUGUGCUGGACUUCCUCUGGGCUGCCGGGGGGCGAGCCCCCAACACGGCGCUGCUCCGCCACUUCCAGCGGUUCCUCCGCGACCCGGCGCUGACGGAGCAGCAGCGGCGGGAGCGCCGCGAGUACUUCAAGAGCCUCGUUAACUCCCUGGCCACCGUCCACCCCGCCGCCGCCCCUGGCGCCUCCAAGGACAUCGUCCUCCGCCGCAGGUACCGCGACCUCCUCGAUGAGGAGCUGCCGCCGCCGGAGGAACAGCGGGAGCAGGAGGAGGAAAAAGCCGAGCCGCCGCCCCGACGCGACCCCGACGGGCGGCGCGGCCCUCGCGGGGAGGCGGCGGGGCAGGGGCGGCCCGGCGGGGCGGGGGGCUGCGCCGCCCGGGGCCGCGGCGGGCCGUGCUGCGAGUGCCGCCGGGCGCGCCGCGCCGCCGCCGCCGCCGUCCCCGCGACGCCACCGCCGCCGCUGCGCCCGGAGAUGCCGCCUCCCUACAGGUUACCUCAGCCCCGAUCUCCGCCGCACCCCUCGACCGAGAUGCUCUUGCUGAAAGCCCCACGGCCCUCAGCAAGCCCAGGGAGGCGAACCCCCGCCGGACCCAUCCAGCCCUCGCUGCUGUCAUCGGGCCCCAGGGCGCUGUCCCCCUGCGACCUGCCUCCAUCCCGGUCUCUGCCGUUGUUGUCCGGCACCGACCUGCCCCCAUCCCGAUCCCUGCCGUUGCUGUCCGCCCCGGAGGUGCUGCCCCUGUCCCGGUCCCUGCAGGCACUCCCUGCCAGCCCCUCCUCAUCGUCGCUGCUUUUAUCCGGCCCCGAGGCGCUCGCUUCCACCAGGCUGCCCCCGUCGCAGUCCAGGUCCCUGCAGCAGCUCUCCACCAGGCCAUCCCCGGACUUGCCGAGGGGAUCCAGGGGGCUGGCCCCCAAAGGACCAACCCAACCUCAAGUCCUGCGACUGUACCCAUCCUGCCCCCCGCUAGGUCCCCCCCCACCCGAAUCCCUGCCACAGUCCUCCACACUCCCGUCCCCAUCCCACUCCCUGCGGCCACCCCUUGCCAGGUCACCCCCAUCCCAAUCCUUGCUGCUAGCACGGGGCCCCGCAGUGCCCCAAGCCCCAGAGAGUCAGCCCCCAGCACCGCUGCCUGUUUUCCGGAGCAUCAGGUGCCAGCUCGCUUUGUCGGAGGCGCAGGGCACCCCCUCCUCACUGCACGAUGACUGUGGGCGGCAGCCCCGCUCCGUGCUCUCCAAGAGCUCCCCUAGGAAUGCCGCAAGCCGGGGGCCCUUGGUGCCGCUGGGACAGCGGGAGCACGCCUGGCUGGUGGCAAUGUCAGCGGGCCGCUGGGCUCAGGUGCGGGGGCUCUUUCUGGAAGAGCCUGAGCUGGCCCUGCAGAGGGACUUCAUAUCGGGCUUCACGGUCCUUCACUGGCUGGCCAAGCACGGCGACGGGCCGGGCCUGCAGGAGCUGGCGGCGGCGGCGCGGCAGGUCGGGUUGGCCCUGGACGUGGACGCUCGCUCUGGCUGCGGGUACACGCCGCUGCACCUGGCUGCCAUACACGGCCACCAGCUUGUCAUCAAGGUGCUGGUGCUGCAGCUGGGGUGCCAGGUGCAGGUGCGGGACGGCAGCGGGCGCCAGCCCUGGGAAUACCUGGGCAGCUCCACCUCGGGGGAGAUCUGGCAGCUCCUGGAGGCACCGCGUGGCACAAUCAUGUUCCCCACGCAGCCCCUGGCCCGCAGCGUGUCCUCUGUCAGCAAGGUCUCGCCGUCCACGGGCAGGGCAGCACUGCCUGCCUGCCUCAGGGUGCAGCUCGGCCGUGGGGCAGCGUCCCACCAAUCCGGCAGCGACAGUGACUGA